ACUGGUGGGGGGAAGUCUGUUUGCUAUUGGAUUGCUGGCUUAGCAACAAUGGGCAUCACAGUUGUUAUCACACCAUUAAUAGCACUAUUGAAUGACCAGGUUUCAAAAUUGCAAAACUGUGGCGUCAAAGUAACCUAUGUCAGCUCAACAAUGUAUACAAAAGAUACUGUAGAAUUGGCCUACAUAUUUAAGUCGAAAGGUAUUCCAGCUGUCUACUACCACGGACAACUUGGUUAUUUUGAAGAGACUGACAAUUCUAGGGCUUGGUUAUCUGGCAAAGUUCCAAUUAUUUGUGCUACUAGUGCAUUUGGCAUGGGCAUUGAUAAGUCUGAUGUUCGAUUUGUUGUCCAUCUUACAAUGCCGAAAUCCCUUGAGGAAUACUUUCAAGAAGCAGGAAGAGCCGGACGUGAUAGUAAGCAUGCGCAAUGUUCUCUCAUGUUCAGGUUUGAGGAUAGGAAUAAAUUGCUUCAGCUUAUUACUACCUCAGCAUCUGAUGAAUACAGAGAGCACCAAGAAAAUGCAUUAAAUGCCAUGGUUUCCUAUUGCAUGUCAUCAUCAUGUAGAAGGAAGCUUAUUCUUCAAUACUUUGAUGAUGAUUCUGAAGUUGUAUGUAACAGUUGUGACAAUUGUAGGAAACCAACAUCAGCCUUCGUAGAAUAUACACAGCAAGCAAUUAAUGUCUGUCAAUGUCUUGAAGAGAUGAUUGUUAUCAAUCCAAAGAUUAAUGUGAAGCAGCUGGCCCUUACAUUUAAGGGUUCAAAGUCAAAACGCGAUGUAGAAAGCAAAGGUUUCCACAAUAUUGCUCACUAUGGUGUUGGUCAAAGCGCGUUCAAAAAUGAUGCGGAUGCAAUACGAUUUGUACAGCACCUUAUCAUCCAUGGGGUUUUAAUGGAGAAUAUCCGUGUUGCAGAUGGUAGAUUUACUACACCUUUUAUAACUCUUGGGAAAAACGUAAAAUUGCUGAGAGACAAAAAACUACCUAUUAUUCUUGCAUUGUAG